AUGGAACAUUGCUGUAUCAUACAGAUUGUUCAUUUUGAGUAUGAAAAAAAAUCAUUACAGCAAUUAUUAUGGGACACCCUUUAUCCUUCAGCAACAAAUCUUGAUCCCAAUGCAUCAUCAACAUCAACUGGUGUUGUUUCACUUAAAAUCGGUGCAAGACAUGAAUAUGACCAAGAUAAAGAUGGUUUUGAGGCAUAUCCUGUUGAAGAUUGGUAUGCCUUUACAUCAACAAAUAUUUAUGAAAUAGUUGAUUUUGAUGAUAAUGUUGGUGAUGAAGAUAUUCUUCAUAUAGAUAUGGAAUCCAGUUCAGAUGAUCCUAAUAAAGAACCAGUUGCGGCUUCUAUCAAUAUUCCAUUUGAACAAAUUAAAACUAAUAAUGAAUAUCUCUAG